CGCGUGUGCCUCAGUGAGCCCUGCGGGAUGGCGGCGAUGGAUGGCUCCCCCUCUCCUCACAGCCCUGAGAGCGGGCCGCCCAGGCCGCGGAGCAUCGCCGGGGUGCGUGUGGAGGCCUCGGGUCAGGUGCGGAGCGUCUACACUGCCAUGAAGCAGGGCCUCCUGCCCACCGAGCUCGGGCUGGCUCUGCUGGAGGCCCAGGCAGCCACAGGGGGCCUGGUGGACCCUGCCGAGGGCCGGCUGCUCCCGGUGUCUGAGGCCCUGCGGCGGGGCCUGGUGGGCUUGGAGUUGAAGGAGCGGCUGCUGGCCGCAGAGCGCGCAGUCACCGGCUACCCUGACCCCUAUGGAGACGGCAAGCUGGCCCUCUUCCAGGCCAUUGGCAAGGAGGUGGUAGACAGGGCCCUGGGGUGGAACUGGCUGGAGGCCCAGCUGGCCACCGGGGGUGUGGUGGACCCUGCAGGAGGCGUGCGAGUGGCCCCCGAUGUGGCCUGCCAGCAAGGCCUCCUGGACCAGGAGACGUGGCAGAGCCUGCAGGAGCUGGAGCCGGGCACUGACGCCACCGGUUUCCAUGACCCCAACACCCUGGAGCGGCUGCCCUACAGCACACUGCUGCGCAGGUGUGUGCCAGCCCCCGGCUUGGGGCUGGCACUCCUGCCCCUUAGGACCACCUUCCGCAGCCUGGGUGGGGCAGUGAGCGCAGCUGAGCUGCUGGAGGUGGGCGUCCUGGACCAGGAGGCCGUGCGUGGCCUGGAGGAGGGCAGGCUGGCCGUGGAGGAGGUGGGGGCCUGGCCCGAGGUGCGGCAGUACCUACAGGGCACCGGCGGUGUGGUGGGCGUGGUCCUGCUGCCCCAGGGGCACGAGAAGAGCUUCUCUCAGGCCUUGGCCGAGCACCUGCUCCCCAUGGGUGCCGUGCUGCCACUCCUGGAGGCGCAGGCCGCCACGCACACCCUGGCUGACCCCGCCACGGGCCAGGUGCUGUGGGUGGAGGAGGCGGUCAGGGCCGGCCUGGUAGGGCCCGAGCUACACUCACGACUGCUGGUGGCAGAGCAGGCAGUGACGGGCUACCCUGACCCCUUCACUGGCUUACGAGUCUGCCUCUUCCAGGCCAUGCAGAAGGGGCUGGUGGACCGGGCACUGGCCCUGCGCCUCCUGGAUGCCCAGCUGGCCACGGGCGGCCUGGUGUGUCCGGCCCGCAGGAUGCGGCUGCCCCUGGAGGCGGCGCUGCACUGGGGCUGCCUGGACGAGGACACGCGAGAGCUCCUGGCACAGGCCACCGGCUUCUCAGACCCCAGCAUGCAGGACAGCCUGCGCUACGGGCAGCUGCUGGCCCGCUGCGUCACUGACCCCGAGACUGGGCUGGCCUUCCUGCCGCUGGCAGGAGAGGGUCCUCCGGGGCCUCCAUUUCUCAGUCACCCAACGCGGCAGGCCUUGAGCACGACAACCUGUUCCGUGUCUGUGGGUCCAUUCCGCAGCCGGCCCGUGUCGCUGUGGGAGCUGUGGUUCUCUGAGGCCGUGUCUGCGCCGGAGAGGCUGGCGUUGGCCCAGCGGCUGCAGGCGGGGACCCUGUCAGUACAAGAGCUGGCCACUGAGCUGAAGACCACCGUGGAGCAGGCCAUGGCCAGCAGCAGGGUCACCUUUGCGGGGCUGAGGGGGGCUGUGACACCAGGAACCCUGCUGACAGCUGAGAUCAUCAGCCGCGACCAGUAUGAGCAGCUGCAGCACGGCCAGACCACGGCACAGGCGGUGGGCAGCCUGGCCUCUGUGCAGCAGUUCCUGGAGGGCACGGGCUGCGUUGCCGGCCUGCUGCUGCCCGGCUCCCAGGAGCGGCUUAGCGUCUACGAGGCCCGUGGCAGGGGGCUGCUGCGGCCCGGCACGGCCCUGGUGCUGCUGGAGGCACAGGCGGCCACGGGCUUCGUCAUCGACCCCAAGGGGAACCACAGAUACUCCGUGGAGGAGGCUCUGCGAGCUGGUGUCAUUGGGCCCGACGUGGUUGACAAGCUGCUGUCGGCCGAGCGCGCCGUCACCGGCUACACCGACCCCUACUCGGGCGAGCGCAUCUCGCUCUUCCAGGCCAUGCAGAAGGACCUCAUCGUGCGCGACCACGGCAUCCGCCUGCUGGAGGCGCAGAUCGCCACGGGCGGCAUCAUCGACCCGGUGCACAGCCACCGCGUGCCCGUGGCCGUGGCCUACGAGCGCGGCCUCUUCGACGAGGACAUGAACCUGGUCCUGCUGGACCCCUCGGAUGACACCAAGGGCUUCUUCGACCCCAACACGCACGAGAACCUCACCUAUCUGCAGCUGCUGCGGCGCUGCGUGCGCGACCCCGACACCGGGCUGCACCUGCUCCCGCUCAGUGGCAUGCGAGCGCCACUGGUCGACGGGGCCACCCGGCAGGCUUUGCAGGGCCUGCUGCUGUCUGUAAGGUUUGGGCGCCUCCAGGGCCGGCGGGUGUCGGCGUGGGAUCUGGUCAACUCAGAGUACGUCAGCGAGGACCGGAGGCGCCAGCUGCUACGGCAGUUUCGACUGCGCCGGGUGACGCCAGCGCAGGUGGUGCAGCUGCUGGAGGAGGCGACAUGGAGGCAAGCAGGUGUCACUCUGCCCGGUCUGCGUGGCCCGGUGCCCGCCUACCGGUUGUUGGAAGCUGGCGUCAUUGACCAGGCCCGCCUGGACCAGGUGCUGGAGGGCACUGUCAGCCCGGAAGCCUUGCUGCGGGAGGACGCCGGCGUCCGCAGGUGCCUGAGGGGCUCGGCCGUGGUGGGCGGUGUGCUGCUGCAGCCGUCUGGCCGGCGCCUCAGCCUCUACCAGGCCAUGGGGCAGAAACUCCUGGCACCCAGUGUGGCCCUGGCCUUGCUGGAGGCCCAGGCAGCCACCGGGGCCAUCAGAGACCCCCGUGGCACGGAGGGCCUGUCGGUGGACGAGGCCGUGCGCAGGGGCCUGGUCGGUCCCGAGCUGCACAGCCGGCUGCGACGGGCCGAGGAUGCGGUCGUGGGUUUCAAGGAUCCCUUCUCUGGCACGCGGGUGUCCCUUUUCCAGGCCAUGAAGAAGGGCCUGGUCCCCAAGGAGGAAGCCCGCCGCCUACUGGACGCCCAGCUGGCCACUGGAGGAGUCAUCGAUCCCCAGGCCCACCACCACCUCCCCCUGCCUGCCGCCGUCCGGCUCGGCUGCAUCGACGAGGAGACGGGCACCUCGCUGUCCGGCACGGCUGAGACAUUCCCUGCACCGGACGGCCAGGGCCGGGCCAGCUACACUCAGCUGCUGGGGCACUGCCUGCCGGAUGAGGUCUCGGGUCUGCACCUGCUACCGCUGCCCGAGGAGGGCCCUGGCGUCCCCAGCGACCUGCACAUUGAGGAGACACUACGGGCCACACCGGGCAUGGAGGAUGGCCGGUCCCUCUGGGACCUGCUCAGUUCCAGGCACUUCACAGAAGAGCAGCGCCAGAGCCUGCUGGAGGAUGUGCGGGCCGGGAGGACCCCUCUUCCACAGCUGCAGGCUGCCCUGCAGCGCCAGGUGCGCGAGGCAGAACUCCUGACCCAGACCCGUGUCACAGUGCCUGGCCCACGGGGCGAGGUUCCUGCUGCCUGGCUGCGGGAUGCCGAGGUCAUAUCCCAAGAGACCCUGGAGGCGCUGGCCCGGGGCACACAGACACCCUCCGACGUGUCCAGGCUGCCCGCUGUGAAGGCCUGCCUCUGGGGCACGGGCUGCGUGGCCGGGGUCCUGCUGCAGCCGUCGGGGACCAAGGCCACUAUUGCGCAGGCUGUGAGGGACGGGCUCCUGCCGCCUGGCCUGGGCCAGAAGCUUCUGGAGGCCCAGGUGGCAUCUGGCUCCCUUGUGGACCCUAUGACCAAUCGGAAGUUGUCAGUGGAUGAGGCGGUCAAAGCCGGUCUCGUGGGCAGGGAGGUGAGGGAGCAGCUGAGGCAGGCUGAGCGGGCCGUGACCGGGUGGAAGGACCCCUACUCAGGGGGCACCCUGUCGCUGUGGCAGGCCAUACAGAAGGGGCUGGUGCCCCAGAAGGAGGGCCUCCCCCUCCUGCAGGUUCAGCUGGCCACGGGGGGCGUGAUGGACACUGGCCAUGGGGUACACUUGCCGCUGGCAGGGGCCUGCAAAUUCGGCCUCCUGGACCAGCAGACGGGCCUGGCACUAACUGCCACGGACGAAGACAGUAAGUUCUUCUUCGACCCCAAUGCCCAGGUCAAGGUCACGUACCAGCAACUGAAGGAAUGCUGCAAGCUGGAUGCGGACACGGGCCUGUGGCUGCUGCCGCUGCCCCAGGAUGCCACUCUGAAGGUGGACCAGCACACCGCAGUGGCACUGCGAGCCAUGAAGGUGUCCGUCAGUCUGGGCAGGUUCUGUGGCCACAACAUCUCCCUCUGGGACCUGCUGAACUCUGAGUAUGUGGAUGCUGACAAGCGACGGGAGCUGGCCGCCCUGUGCCAGUCUGGGCGGGCGGCAGCCCUGAGGCAGGUGGUCAGCGCGGUGACAGCCCUGGUGGAGGCGGCCGAGAACCAGCCCCGGGAGGCCACCUUCCAAGGCCUCCGCAAGCAGGUGUCCGCGACGGACCUGUUCAGGUCACACCUGAUCGACAGGAAGACGCUGGAUGAGCUGAAUGAGGGCAAGAGGACGGUGCAGGAGGUGAUGGCCCUGGGCAGCGUGCGCCAGUCUCUGGAGGGCAGUAACUUCAUAGCCGGGCUGCUCGUUCGCAGCAGCGGGGAGAAGAUGAGCAUCGCAGAGGGCCUGCGCAGGGGCGUCCUGCGGCCCGGCACGGCCCUGGUGCUGCUGGAGGCGCAGGCGGCCACGGGCUUCGUCAUCGACCCCGUGCAGAACCGGCGGCUCACAGUGCAGCAGGCCUUCGAGGAGGGGAUGUUCGGCCGGGAGACCUACACAAAGCUGCUGUCGGCCGAGCGCGCCGUCACUGGCUACACCGACCCCUACUCGGGCGAGCGCAUCUCGCUCUUCCAGGCCAUGCAGAAGGACCUCAUCGUGCGCGACCACGGCAUCCGCCUGCUGGAGGCGCAGAUCGCCACGGGCGGCGUCAUCGACCCGGUGCACAGCCACCGCGUGCCCGUGGCCGUGGCCUACGAGCGCGGCUACUUCGACGAGGACAUGAACCGCGUGCUGGCCGACCCGAGCGACGACACCAAGGGCUUCUUCGACCCCAACACGCACGAGAACCUCACCUAUCUGCAGCUGCUGGAGCGCUGCGUGCGCGACCCCGACACCGGGCUGUACCUGCUGCAGAUUGUAAAGAAGGGCGAGGCUUACCCCUGUGCCCACGAGGCCGCACGCCAAGCCCUGAGGUCCAGAAGGCUGAGCGUGUGUGUGGGCAGGUUUGCUGGGCAGACACUAUCCCUCUGGGAGCUUCUGUAUUCCUUGUACUUCUCUGAGCAGCGGAGGCAGGAACUGCUCCAGCGGUUUGAAGCCCGGAGCCUGGAGCUGCAGCAGCUGGCCGACAUCAUUGUCACCACACUGGAGGAAACAGAGACACGGGGCCGGGCCGUCAAGAUACCAGCCCUUGGUGGGGGCGAGGUGACAGCCGCAGAGCUGUUCAACUCUGGGGUCAUUGACAAGCAGACACUGGAUGCGCUGCCGUGCGCGGACAGUGGCCAGCAGGCCCUCAGCAGACUGGAGAGCGUGCGGGCCAGCCUGGAGGGCCGCGGCUGCAUCGCCGGGGUCACCGUGAGCAGCAGCGGGGCGGUCAUGAGCCUGCAUGAGGCCAGCAGCAACAACAUCAUUCCUGCGGGCUUUGCAGUCCAGCUUCUAGAAGCCCAGGCCGCCACCGGGGGCCUGCUGGAUCCCUGCAGCCACUGCAGGCUGUCCGUGGACAAGGCCGUGGCUGCCGGCCUGGUACCCAAGCAGUGGCAAGAAAGGCUCAAGACUGCCGAGAAGGCCGCCACGGGUUACGUGGACCCGGCCACCGGGGAUGCCAUCCCCCUGUUCCAGGCCAUGAGCAAGGAGCUGGUGUCCCGGGAGGAGGCGCUGAGACUGUUGGAGGCGCAGGUGGCCACGGGGGGUGUCCUGGACCCACGUCAGCACCACCGCCUGCCCCUGGACACGGCCUACCAGCGUGGCUGUCUGCAGGAGGACGUGUACCUGCUAGUCUCUGGCCAAAAGGUAAUGAAGAGAAGGUUCAUGGACCCCAACACGGGGGAGGAAGCCUCCUACCGGGAGCUGCAGGAAAGGUGCCAGACACAGGAAGAGACGGGCUGGGCGCUGUUCCCAGUGCUGAGGGACGCGGCCGAGGCCGAGUACACGGACGAGGCCACCAGGCGGGCGCUGCAGGAGGAGCAGGUGGAAGUCACGGUGGGACGGCUCAGAGGUCAGACGUGCUCGGUGUGGGAGCUCCUGAACUCGGAGUAUGUCAGUGAGGACAAGAGGCGGGAGCUGGUGAAAGUGUACCGUGCUGGCACAGCCCGGGCUCUGCGACAGGUCCGCGACGAGAUCCUGCAGAUGAUCCAGCAGCAGGAGAGCAGCCGCCACGAGCUGUGGUUCCCAGGCCUGCGGCGCCAGGUCACCGCUGCCGAGCUGCGAGCUGCCGGCGUGCUCAGCAAGGAGGCUCUGGAGGAGCUGACUGCAGGCGCCCAGACCCUGGAGGAAAUCAGGAGCAGCCACACCGUACGGCGCUACCUGGAGGGCACGGGCUGCAUCGCGGGCGUGCUGGCACCGCCACCACCAGCCUCGGGCGGCGACGCGCCCCCGCCACGCACCAUGAGCAUCUACGAGGCCAUGCGGCAGGGCGUCCUGCGGCCCGGCACGGCCCUGGUGCUGCUGGAGGCGCAGGCGGCCACGGGCUUCGUCAUCGACCCCGUGCAGAACCGGCGGCUGUCGGUGGAGGAGGCGGUGGCGGCGGGCGUGGUGGGCGGCGAGCUGCGCGAGAAGCUGCUGUCGGCCGAGCGCGCCGUCACCGGCUACACCGACCCCUACUCGGGCGAGCGCAUCUCGCUCUUCCAGGCCAUGCAGAAGGACCUCAUCGUGCGCGACCACGGCAUCCGCCUGCUGGAGGCGCAGAUCGCCACGGGCGGCGUCAUCGACCCGGUGCACAGCCACCGCGUGCCCGUGGCCGUGGCCUACGAGCGCGGCUACUUCGACGAGGACAUGAACCGCGUGCUGGCCGACCCGAGCGACGACACCAAGGGCUUCUUCGACCCCAACACGCACGAGAACCUCACCUACGUGCAGCUGCUGCGGCGCUGCGUGCGCGACCCCGACACCGGGCUCUUCAUGUUGCCGCUGGCCGGCAGGGCGUCGGCCGUGCACCAGCUGAGCGAGGGGUUGCGGGGCGCCCUGCGCGACGCCCGCGUCUCGCCCGGUUGGGGCGCGGCCCGGGGCCAGAGCCAGUCGGUGUGGGAACUGCUGUUCGACCGCGAGGUGCCUGAGGACCUGCGCCAGGACCUGCUGCGCAGGUACGCGGCGGGCGCGCUGACGGCGCAGGAGGUGGGCUCGGCCCUGGCCUCGCUGCCGGCCCGGGACCGUGCCGAGGCCGAGGCCGCGGACCCGCGUGGCGCCCUGCGAGCGGCCACCAUGGAGGUCAAGGUGGGCCGCCUGCGGGGCCGCGCCGUGCCCGUCCUCGACGUGCUGGAGUCCGGCUACGUGAGCGGCGCCGCGCGGGAGGAGCUGACGGCCCAGUUCGGCUCGGGGACGCUGGCCUUGCCCGCGCUGACCCGCAGGCUGACCACCCUCAUCGAGGAGGCCGAGGGGGCCGUGGACGGCGGCUCGGGACCUGCGCCCGGCGACCCCGAGUCCCCGGGCACCCGGCGCCAGCGCGAGCGCGAGCUGCGCGAGCUGCGCGCCGCCACCAUGGAGGUGCAGCGCGGCCAGUUCCGCGGCCGGCCCGUGUCCCUGUGGGACGUGCUCUUCUCCUCCUACGUGAGCGAGGCGCGACGAGAAGAGCUCCUGGCGCAGCACGCGGCCGGCGCCCUGGGCCUGCCCGAGCUGGCGGCCCUGCUGGGGCGCGCGGUGGAAGAGGCGGAGGAGCGGCUCAGCCAGGCGUCCUUUCGCGGCCUGCGGCGCCAGGUGUCAGUGGAGGAGCUGCGCGCCUCGGGCAUCCUGGGCGCGGAGACGCUGCGGGACCUGGCCCAGGGCACCAAGAGCCUGCGCGAGGUGGCGGAGAUGGAGUCGGUGCGGCGCUACCUGGAGGGCACGAGCUGCAUCGCGGGCGUGCUGGCACCGCCACCACCAGCCUCGGGCGGCGACGCGCCCCCGCCACGCACCAUGAGCAUCUACGAGGCCAUGCGGCAGGGCGUCCUGCGGCCCGGCACGGCCCUGGUGCUGCUGGAGGCGCAGGCGGCCACGGGCUUCGUCAUCGACCCCGUGCAGAACCGGCGGCUGUCGGUGGAGGAGGCGGUGGCGGCGGGCGUGGUGGGCGGCGAGCUGCGCGAGAAGCUGCUGUCGGCCGAGCGCGCCGUCACCGGCUACACCGACCCCUACUCGGGCGAGCGCAUCUCGCUCUUCCAGGCCAUGCAGAAGGACCUCAUCGUGCGCGACCACGGCAUCCGCCUGCUGGAGGCGCAGAUCGCCACGGGCGGCGUCAUCGACCCGGUGCACAGCCACCGCGUGCCCGUGGCCGUGGCCUACGAGCGCGGCUACUUCGACGAGGACAUGAACCGCGUGCUGGCCGACCCGAGCGACGACACCAAGGGCUUCUUCGACCCCAACACGCACGAGAACCUCACCUACGUGCAGCUGCUGCGGCGCUGCGUGCGCGACCCCGACACCGGGCUCUUCAUGUUGCCGCUGGCCGGCAGGGCGUCGGCCGUGCACCAGCUGAGCGAGGGGUUGCGGGGCGCCCUGCGCGACGCCCGCGUCUCGCCCGGUUGGGGCGCGGCCCGGGGCCAGAGCCAGUCGGUGUGGGAACUGCUGUUCGACCGCGAGGUGCCUGAGGACCUGCGCCAGGACCUGCUGCGCAGGUACGCGGCGGGCGCGCUGACGGCGCAGGAGGUGGGCUCGGCCCUGGCCUCGCUGCCGGCCCGGGACCGUGCCGAGGCCGAGGCCGCGGACCCGCGUGGCGCCCUGCGAGCGGCCACCAUGGAGGUCAAGGUGGGCCGCCUGCGGGGCCGCGCCGUGCCCGUCCUCGACGUGCUGGAGUCCGGCUACGUGAGCGGCGCCGCGCGGGAGGAGCUGACGGCCCAGUUCGGCUCGGGGACGCUGGCCUUGCCCGCGCUGACCCGCAGGCUGACCACCCUCAUCGAGGAGGCCGAGGGGGCCGUGGACGGCGGCUCGGGACCUGCGCCCGGCGACCCCGAGUCCCCGGGCACCCGGCGCCAGCGCGAGCGCGAGCUGCGCGAGCUGCGCGCCGCCACCAUGGAGGUGCAGCGCGGCCAGUUCCGCGGCCGGCCCGUGUCCCUGUGGGACGUGCUCUUCUCCUCCUACGUGAGCGAGGCGCGACGAGAAGAGCUCCUGGCGCAGCACGCGGCCGGCGCCCUGGGCCUGCCCGAGCUGGCGGCCCUGCUGGGGCGCGCGGUGGAAGAGGCGGAGGAGCGGCUCAGCCAGGCGUCCUUUCGCGGCCUGCGGCGCCAGGUGUCAGUGGAGGAGCUGCGCGCCUCGGGCAUCCUGGGCGCGGAGACGCUGCGGGACCUGGCCCAGGGCACCAAGAGCCUGCGCGAGGUGGCGGAGAUGGAGUCGGUGCGGCGCUACCUGGAGGGCACGAGCUGCAUCGCGGGCGUGCUGGCACCGCCACCACCAGCCUCGGGCGGCGACGCGCCCCCGCCACGCACCAUGAGCAUCUACGAGGCCAUGCGGCAGGGCGUCCUGCGGCCCGGCACGGCCCUGGUGCUGCUGGAGGCGCAGGCGGCCACGGGCUUCGUCAUCGACCCCGUGCAGAACCGGCGGCUGUCGGUGGAGGAGGCGGUGGCGGCGGGCGUGGUGGGCGGCGAGCUGCGCGAGAAGCUGCUGUCGGCCGAGCGCGCCGUCACCGGCUACACCGACCCCUACUCGGGCGAGCGCAUCUCGCUCUUCCAGGCCAUGCAGAAGGACCUCAUCGUGCGCGACCACGGCAUCCGCCUGCUGGAGGCGCAGAUCGCCACGGGCGGCGUCAUCGACCCGGUGCACAGCCACCGCGUGCCCGUGGCCGUGGCCUACGAGCGCGGCUACUUCGACGAGGACAUGAACCGCGUGCUGGCCGACCCGAGCGACGACACCAAGGGCUUCUUCGACCCCAACACGCACGAGAACCUCACCUACGUGCAGCUGCUGCGGCGCUGCGUGCGCGACCCCGACACCGGGCUCUUCAUGUUGCCGCUGGCCGGCAGGGCGUCGGCCGUGCACCAGCUGAGCGAGGGGUUGCGGGGCGCCCUGCGCGACGCCCGCGUCUCGCCCGGUUGGGGCGCGGCCCGGGGCCAGAGCCAGUCGGUGUGGGAACUGCUGUUCGACCGCGAGGUGCCUGAGGACCUGCGCCAGGACCUGCUGCGCAGGUACGCGGCGGGCGCGCUGACGGCGCAGGAGGUGGGCUCGGCCCUGGCCUCGCUGCCGGCCCGGGACCGUGCCGAGGCCGAGGCCGCGGACCCGCGUGGCGCCCUGCGAGCGGCCACCAUGGAGGUCAAGGUGGGCCGCCUGCGGGGCCGCGCCGUGCCCGUCCUCGACGUGCUGGAGUCCGGCUACGUGAGCGGCGCCGCGCGGGAGGAGCUGACGGCCCAGUUCGGCUCGGGGACGCUGGCCUUGCCCGCGCUGACCCGCAGGCUGACCACCCUCAUCGAGGAGGCCGAGGGGGCCGUGGACGGCGGCUCGGGACCUGCGCCCGGCGACCCCGAGUCCCCGGGCACCCGGCGCCAGCGCGAGCGCGAGCUGCGCGAGCUGCGCGCCGCCACCAUGGAGGUGCAGCGCGGCCAGUUCCGCGGCCGGCCCGUGUCCCUGUGGGACGUGCUCUUCUCCUCCUACGUGAGCGAGGCGCGACGAGAAGAGCUCCUGGCGCAGCACGCGGCCGGCGCCCUGGGCCUGCCCGAGCUGGCGGCCCUGCUGGGGCGCGCGGUGGAAGAGGCGGAGGAGCGGCUCAGCCAGGCGUCCUUUCGCGGCCUGCGGCGCCAGGUGUCAGUGGAGGAGCUGCGCGCCUCGGGCAUCCUGGGCGCGGAGACGCUGCGGGACCUGGCCCAGGGCACCAAGAGCCUGCGCGAGGUGGCGGAGAUGGAGUCGGUGCGGCGCUACCUGGAGGGCACGAGCUGCAUCGCGGGCGUGCUGGCACCGCCACCACCAGCCUCGGGCGGCGACGCGCCCCCGCCACGCACCAUGAGCAUCUACGAGGCCAUGCGGCAGGGCGUCCUGCGGCCCGGCACGGCCCUGGUGCUGCUGGAGGCGCAGGCGGCCACGGGCUUCGUCAUCGACCCCGUGCAGAACCGGCGGCUGUCGGUGGAGGAGGCGGUGGCGGCGGGCGUGGUGGGCGGCGAGCUGCGCGAGAAGCUGCUGUCGGCCGAGCGCGCCGUCACCGGCUACACCGACCCCUACUCGGGCGAGCGCAUCUCGCUCUUCCAGGCCAUGCAGAAGGACCUCAUCGUGCGCGACCACGGCAUCCGCCUGCUGGAGGCGCAGAUCGCCACGGGCGGCGUCAUCGACCCGGUGCACAGCCACCGCGUGCCCGUGGCCGUGGCCUACGAGCGCGGCUACUUCGACGAGGACAUGAACCGCGUGCUGGCCGACCCGAGCGACGACACCAAGGGCUUCUUCGACCCCAACACGCACGAGAACCUCACCUACGUGCAGCUGCUGGAGCGCUGCGUGCGUGACCCCGAGACAGGUCUUCUCCUCCUUGCUGUGAAUCGGAAAUGA